GUGCUCCAACAAGGCAGUAUAGCAAUCUUAACAACACUGACAAACAUUCAGUGCAGUUCGGCACAAAGAGCAAAUCUUGCCCUUAGGUGUUUUUUAUGAAAAGAAAAAAAACUAACCCGUUGUAGGAGUGUCGGAUCCUGAAACCGUCCUGAACCACUUUUAUGAUCUGAGCGCCAAGAACUUUUUUCUGUCUGAAUUUCUUCACAAACUGGAAGCAAAAAUAAAGCCUGGUCCUGCCUGCUACCCAGGGAUUGAUUAUGACUUCAGUGCUGGGACUAGCCCUGCUGGGCUUGGCCCUGAUAGCAGGGCCCUCUGUGGCCUUUGUCCCCAUCGGAGGUGGGGCGUCCACUCAUGUCAGCAUUACAGGAACAGCUCUAUUGCAAAAAGUGACGGAGACAUGUCGGGCGGUGGCUGAGGCUGCUGGUCAUGAGUUCAAACCCACGGGUUCCUCUCCUGAGGAGCUGGUUCAGGCCUGUCUAGGGCCCACAGCACCAGGAGAGGUGUCAGGUGCCAAGUUUCACUCUGCGCUUCAAGAAAUCUACACCCAGAAUGGACUGGUAGACCGUGACUUUGUCAACAGUGCUUCGCACCACUUCAACUCUGAGGCCUUCCUGGAGGGACGUGGCCUAAUCACAGAGGGCAUGGUGGCCAUUAAGGCCAACAUUCGCAAGGAGAACUUCCAGGCUGCCAGGGAAACUCUGGGCAGAGUCCUUCAUACACUACAGGACUUUUACAGCCACAGUAACUGGGUGGAGCUGGGUUACACAGAGCCAUACAUCAACCUCAUACGCCCUGAUCUGACACUGGAAAACCUGGCAGAUGUCAACACUGCCACCUGCAGUGACUGUGCCAGUGGAACAUGCCCCAAUCCCAUCCUCCCCAACAUCCUGAAAGAGAAGAAACUGACAUCAGGCUACAUGGGAAUCUCAUCUUCUUACAAGCCUCAAGGUAAAUGUAGCCAUGGAGGUGAAGGUGACAUGACCAGCACAACAGAUCCUCGCGGUGGCAUCAGCAAAGAUGAGCGUCGCUCUGACAACGUGGCCCUCCACGAUGCUGCUGUGAAAGCAGCCACAGCUGCAAGCCUCCAGCUACUGGAGGACAUCCGUUCAGCUGCCGGGGAUAAUGAUUUUCUGAGAAUGAUGGGGAUUGCCCGCUCGUCUGUCGUGUGCUUUGUCAUUGACACCACUGGCAGCAUGUCUGAUGACAUCGAUGAAGCCAGGGCAGUUGUUUAUGAAAUCAUUGACAGCAAAAAAGGAACACAGGAUGAGCCCUCCGAGUACAUCCUGGUGCCCUUCAAUGACCCCAGUUUUGGGCCUAUGAUCAGGACAACAGACCCUGAUAAGAUGAAAAAAGAAAUUUCUAAACUCACAGCGACAGGUGGGGGUGAUACCCCUGAGAUGUGUCUGUCAGGACUCCAGCUGGCUCUCACUGGUGCCCCAGGCUCCUCCUACAUCUAUGUUUUCACUGAUGCUCCACCCAAAGACAUCGCCCUCAAGGACACGAUUGUUGCACUCAUCAGGAGCACCAAGUCAACAGUGUCAUUCUUCAUGACUGGGGCCAGUAGGAGGCGCCGUCGUUCCCUCACAGCUCCUUCCUUUAACGACUACAAGGACCUGGCUCUGGCCUCUGGAGGCCAGGCCAUCCAGGUGUCCAAAAGACAGCUGCCUCAGGCCACAGACAUCAUCCUUGACACCUCUACUUCAGCUCUGGUGACAGUUCUUCAGCAAGAGAGGACUCCUGGGAAGCAGGAGAGCUUCCCCUUCAAGUUGGAUGAAUCUCUUCUAAAUAUCACCAUCUACAUCACGGGGACAUCCAUCACUUUCGAACUGACCAACCCUGCAGGUGUGAGCCAGAGCAGCACUGAGGCCAGUGGUAAACUGGGGACCAUUCAGACAGUGGGCAACCUGAGGAGAAUUCGUCUCAAUGCUGACAAGCAGACAGGAACCUGGCAGAUCAACAUCAACUCCAACCAACCAUACACACUCAAAGUCACAGGCCAGAGUACUAUUACGUUCAUCUAUGACUUUGUGGAAAGAUUCAAAGGACCUCACCCAGGUUAUGCAGUACUCAGUGGGCGUCCACAAGCAGGCCAGCCAGCCACCUUGAUGCUCUCAGUAAUGGGAAGGAAAGGUCCAUCCUCAAUGACUGUUGGAAACAUUGGCCUGGUGACUGUGUCUGGUCCUGAGGCUAUGAGCAAUAGCACAAUGGCUGACAUGGGCAACGGAGACAUCCUGGUGACUGUUGAUACGGUCCCUGAAGGAGAGUUUGUGGUUCUUCUGAAAGGAACGGACAAAGUGUCAAACACUGUAUUUCAGAGGCAGUCUACCACCCAAAUGUCCGUCUCCAAAGUGAACAUCCAGGCUGCGGUGGACAGCAGUGUGGAGCCAGGUACAACUUUCACACUCCCCUUCAGUGUAAUGACCCAGGGUUCUGGUGGUCAGUACUCCAUCAGUGCCAGAAAUGACAGAAACUUCAACAUGCACUACCCAAGCAGCCUCACCCUGACAACCGGAGAAUAUACUAAUGCUACGCUGACCAUUACUCCACCUGCCAGCACAACGUCAGGCACUGACAUCACUCUGACUAUAGAAGCCAAGUCGUCCAGUGGUGUCGACUCCAAUUACGUCGUUCUGAGAUUGUCCGUUGUUACCAAGAUCACUGAUUUUGUUCAGCCUUUGUGUGAAGUGGUUAGUGUGCUGGCUGAUGACUGCCCUCAAGAUGUGUCUCAGUGUGGACCUUUCCAGUGGGAGCUCUCGGCCAACCUUACUGAUGGAAACGGCACCGGCAUAGAGAGAAUCUCCCUCCGACAGGGCGAUGGAAACCUCACAUACACCUCCCUGAGUGCUCCCAUCAUCCAGGCGAACUACAAUGCUUCCUGCUGCUCGCAGAUUGUUGAGUUCAUAGCUGUAGAUAAUGUCGGCAAUGUGGGAAAGUGCUAUCACUCAAUUGUUCGUUCGGGUGGCCCUCCUGCUUUAAGUCUGUCACUGCCACUGUGGUUGUGUCUGCUGAUGUCUGCUUUUGUAAUGUGGCCUUGAAGGGUUUAGGUUAGGUUGCUCAGCGUCUUACGUCUGCACUCUGCACUGGGUAUUGGAUAGACUGUUUAUGAUUCUAAAUUAUUUAAAACAAUAUGUCUUUGCUAUGAAGUGAAAUUUUCUAUUGGUGAUAGUCAUUUUGUGCUCAGAUAUUAUGCUUAAAUAAAAUGUGAGCGCUGAUUAAGCAGUGCUGUACUGCAUGACUACAUUUUUUUUUCUAGAUUGGGGAAAAAAAAUCUUUCUUGGAACAAAUCUUUGGCUGCCAGCAUGUGUGGUGUGUGGCAGCAGAAAACCAUUUGUACCCAUUAAAAUGCACAAUAACAUGCCUGUAUUUUUCUUGUGAGCUACUACAAUAGGUGUGAUCAUUUCAGGGGAGUCAGGAAAAAAAUCAGUGCAUAGAGUGAGCAAGAAGGAAGAUUAUUCUCCCUGUUUAAUCGCAUUUAAAUACAUUUACCUUGAAAAAACAUGCAUGUAUAUUAAAUGAUCUUCUAUGGACAUAUUUUGCAUUUUUCGGUAAUAAAAAUGUCAAUCAUUGCCUAAAGACGGGCAUUCUUUGUGUAGUACAUGGUACAGUUGCCAUGCUGUGGAUGAUUUUGUUUACAUUUUGCCAAGAAACCCACUAAAACUGUAUGGAACUGACUGAUGAAUUUUCUUUGGACAAUUAGGUUCAUGUCUUCAGACGACAGAGCACCUGAGAGCAACAGGUACAGCAGAGUAGAUGCAACAAUCAGAUUUGAAGAGACAAUAAUACUGCUGUAAAGUGAGAAUAACUAUUUGGAUUAAAAAGAAAGAAUGAUAUACAAUAACAAUCAGUCAUCACGUAGUGGAUG